AUGGGUGGUGGCGGUGGUGAUGAGGUUGACAGUGAUGGUUGUGGCGAUGAGUUUGAGGACGAUAACAUUCGAGAUGAUGGUAAUGAUUUUGACGACGACGAUGAUAGCGCCGAGAACGACGAUAACGAUAACGAUAACAAGACUCAAUUGUUUUAUAUCCUCCUGAGUUUCGGGUCGGGUCUUAAAGCACACCCAAAUACCUCAAAGGAUGCCCAAAUACCUCAAAGGACUCCCAAAUACCUCAAUGGACGCCCAAACACCUCAAAGGACGCCCAAAUACCUCAAUGGACGCCCAAAUACCCCAAAGGACGCCCAAAUACCUUAAAGGACGCCCAAAUACCGCAAAGGACGCCCAAAUACAUCAUAGGACGCCCAAAUACCUCAAAGGGCGCCCAAAUACCUCAAAGGACGCCCAAAUACCUCAAAGAGUGCCUAAAUACCUCAAAGGACGCCCAAAUACCUCAAAGGACGCCCAAAUACCUCAAAGGGCGCCCAAAUACCUCAAAGGACGCCCAUAUACCUCAAAGGACGCCCAAAUACCUCAAAGGACUCCCAAAUACCUCAAAGGACGACCAAAUACCUCAAUGGACGCCCAAAUACCUCAAAGAACGCCCAAAUACUUCAAAGCACGCCCAAAUACCUCAAAGCACGCCCAAAUACCUCAAAGGACGCCCAAAUACCUCAAUGGACGCCCAAAUUCAUCAAAGGAUGCCCAAAUACCUACGGGGGACGCCCAAAUACCUCAAAGGACGCCCAAAUGUCUCAAAGCACGCCCAAAUACCUCAAAGGACGCCCAAAUACCUUUAA